AUGAGCUCCCGUCGGACGCCGGCCCCAACGCCAACGCCGACACCAUACCUCGGAUCGACCAUCUCGCCAGGGUCCGGCUUCAACAGCAGUAGUAUCAAUCCCAAUUCGACCAGCAGCAGCAGCAGCAGCAGCAAUGGCGAUGCCAGUGGGCUCAUUAUCGGGCUCGUGGUGGCUCUGGUCGUCCUUCUGUUUCUCGCCUUGCUUCUGCGCAAGUCGAUUUACGUCGUCCAACAAGCCGAAGGCAUUGUCAUUGAGCGCUUUGGCGGCUACCACAAGCUCCUCGACUCGGGCAUCCACUUUAUCGUGCCCCUCAUCGACUCGCCGCGCAUGUUUUCGUGGAAGCGCGUCGUCAAGCGCAAUGGCCGCAUGGAGACACACGAUGACCAGCAGUACCGCAUUGAUUUACGCGAGAGCGUCUUUGCCUUUCCGAGCCAAGAGGUCUACACGCGAGACACGAUCCUCCUCGACGUCAACUCGAUCAUGUUUUUCCGCAUCGUCGACGUGCGCAAGGCCGUCUACGAGAUCGACGACCUUAGCUCGGCGAUCGCCAACGUCGCGCAGACGCAGCUGAAGGAGGUCUUUGGCAACAUGACGUUUACCGAGGCGCUGGCGUCCCAGAGCGUCAUCAACGCCCACAUCCAGCACACCUUUGGCGACCGGUUCGCGCAGUGGGGCUUGUGGUAA